AUGCAGACUGUGAAAUGUCUCACGGUAGGAGAUGCAUCGGCUGGGAAAAUAGAGCUCUUGAUUACCUAUACAUCCAAAAGGUACCCAGAGGAUUCGAUUGAAAGGGAAUGUCACUCCCUUCCUGUUGUUCACACCAUGAUCAAUGGUGAGCCUUAUACUUUGGGGCUUUUCGAUACUGCUUCAUCAAGUGACUACGACAGACUACGGCCCCUGUCUUAUCCACAGACAGACGUCUUCCUGUUGUGUUUUGCUGUGGACAGUCCUGAAUCUUUUCAAAACAUUUCUGAAAAAUGGGCACUAGAAGUGAAACAUUUUUGCCCUGGCGUGCCGUUUAUACUUGUGGCAACGAAAGCAGAGUUAAGGGAUGAUGAGGACGUAAAGAAAAGGUUGAAAAAGAAGAAUCAGGAGCCGGUGACAACGGAGGAUGGCAAAGCCAUGGCCGAGAGGAUCGGAGCCUACGCUUACAUGGAAUGUUCAGCCAAGACUUCUAGAGGGCUCCGGGAAGUGUUUGACACCGCUAUCCUCGCCGCUCAUCCAGCUCUUCGCUCCACUCUGAAACGCAGCUGUUGCCUGCUAUUGUGAGGAGGACUUUACCAAAUAGCCAAACAUGUAAACAGGGAAGCUAAUGUUCGCCCUCAACUGGUUAGUGUUUAUUUCUCAAAUCAGAGUUGAAAUGACCAUUGGCACUCAUGCAGUUUCACAUCGCUUUGAACAAAUUGGUACCGUGUGUGUGUUUGUGCGCACACGCCUGUGUGUGUGUGUGUGUCACAUCAAUGAGGCAGUCUGUUAUUGCUUUGGAUAUAUUUUAUGCAUCAAUGUAAAUGAUUUGCAAAAUUCUGAUUGUUGAAUAGUCUCUACCCCAAACAUAUUUAGUCUGGUUAGUGUACUGUAUAUUAUGAUGUCAACAUGCUUCAACUGUAAUUGUUAACAAUAUGAUUUAGGCCACUUCAAGUCAAGACUAUAGGCCUGGCCCACCCUAAACUCAGUGCUGUAUAACCAGUCAGAGUAUAUACAAUGUGUAUAACACUUAACUGUUGAUUUGAUGAUGCUUUAUUAAAUUUGG